CUGAGGAUGUUUGCUGUCUGGCUAAUGUUUCAUCCGGGCGGAGACGGCGAGGAAAACAAGCCUACCUCGGUGCUUCUGUGGCGGUGACGUCACUGCUCCCAGGUGUGGCCCAGGGUGCUCAGAGAGACAGGUUACAGGUAAAUCCUCUUCGGUUGUUUCGGGCAUUAAAAAGAAAUAAGACAAAUGUUUUUAGGACGGUCCGGAAGUCGCUUCAUUUGUUAUUUUAGUGGCCGGAAGGAAGUUUGCUGCAUGGUAACAAAAGAGCUCCUCGCGGGACUAUAAUUAUCUUCAAAAGUCGUCCAACUGGGAGGUUAAGUCAGUAAACAACAGAGCCGAUUGCCUUGUGGUGCCAUGGAGGUUCUGUGCUGAACGACACGGCCUGGAAGAAGCUUCUUUAAAAGCACAAUUUGGUAGUUUGUGAUCAAUCGAUUGUCAAUCAUUAGAGGUGUCGGAUCGAUUCAUGCUUACAAGCUAGGCGGGAAGACUUCCGGUUGAAGGCAAAGCUGCACGGGUGUCGCCAUGGCCGACAUGGACCUGGAGCAGCGUGAGCCUUUCCCAGUGGACAAUGACGAAGGAAAGCAGGACCGUCCUGACGGGAGGCGGAAGUUGGGAUUCUGCGAGAAGUUCCAGCAGACCAUCUCCAGGUGGAUGCUUCCGGAAGGUUCCCGCAGCUCCUACCUGGAGAGAGCCAACUGCUGCCCGCCUCCCAUCUUCAUCCUGGUGAUCAGCGUGGUGGAGCUGGCCAUGUUCAUCUACUACGCCGUGUGGAAGCCUCAGAAGCAGUGGGUGACGCUGGAAGAAGGCAUCUGGAACAGCCGCCUCACGUACAGACCCGAGUCCCGGCAGGAAGCCUGGCGCUUUAUCUCCUACAUGUUUGUCCACGCGGGCGUGGAGCACAUAGUGGGCAACCUGUUCAUGCAGCUCCUGCUCGGCAUCCCCUUAGAGAUGGUCCACAAAGGGUUUGAAGUGGGCAUGAUCUACAUGGCUGGGGUCUUGGCAGGGUCGCUGGCCAGUUCCAUCUUUGAUCCACUCAGUGCCUUGGUGGGGGCUUCCGGAGGGGUCUACGCCCUCAUGGGGGGCUACUUCAUGAACGCAGUGGUGAAUUUCCGGGAGAUGAUCCCCGUCCUCGGCGUGUUCCGUAUCCUCCUCAUCUUGCUCAUCGUCGGCGUGGACUUUGGAUUCGCUCUCUACAGAAGAUUUGCGGGCGACGAGGGUAUGAAGGUGUCAUUCGUGGCUCACUUGGGAGGGAUCGUGGCGGGCAUGACCAUCGGCUACGUCUUCUUCAGCGACUACAACAAGAAGCUGCUGAAAGACCCUCGUUUCUGGAUUUGUAUCGUAGGCUACUUGGUUUUUUUCCUCUUUGCUGUUCUUUUCAACAUCUUCCUCUCGCCCGCCUCGUUGUAGCAGCAGCAGCGCACACCCAAACUCACUUUUUUUUACAAAGAACUCUAAGACUCAUUUUUAGCCACUUUCCCAACUUGUUUUUAAUGAAUGUACUGUAGUUGGAAACGCCCUCUGCUGGUGACAAGUAGUAAUGCAGGGGGUUUAAGAAAGUGUCAAAAGGUGCCUUUUUAAAAGUGAAUGAUUGAACAUGUUUGACGACAUUGUAAAUAAGUAUUUCCACUGCACAGCAGGUACAUCUUUUUAAGAGUUCAUCCCCGCCGUCUGUUUUCGUAUUCAUGUUUUCUUAUAUUAAAAAAGCAAGUAUGUGA